CUUAGCAUUGUGGCCGUGCAUGGGCUCGGAGGCGAUUCACAUCGGACGUGGACCGGCGACAACGGCAAGUUGUGGUUGCGCGACUUCCUCCCCGCCCGACUCGACAAUUCCCGCAUCUUUACCUACGGCUAUGACGCUGUUGUCGCCUUUAGCAAGUCGUCUGCCGAGGUCGACGACUUCGCACGCGACCUGCUGCAGCGCGUCAAGGCGGCGCGCAGCCCAGCUGUCGACCACGGCCGUCCGCUCUUCUUCAUCUGUCACAGCCUCGGUGGCAUCGUCGUGAAGCAGGCUCUCAACAUUGCCCACGCACACGGCGACACCCACAUGGCUUCGUGGCUCAAAGGCGUUGUCUUCAUGGGCACUCCCCACGCCGGCUCGGGCGUCGCCUUCUGGGCCUCACUCGCCGGCACCCUGCUCAGCACCGCCAGCCUGGGCACCAGCACUAACAAGGACCUACUGAAGCUUCUCUGCAAGGACUCGACCUUUCUUGACAGUUUGUCGCAAAGAUUUGCUGCCGAGAACCCUCAGCUGCCCAUUCUCAGCUUCUACGAGCUCGAAAAGUUUCCGUUUCUGAACCGCAGGGUAUGA